AUGUGGUUCGUUGUCCCCAAAGAUGCGCCGGUAGGCCAACAUGUUCCCCUGCCCAUGAUGCCAAUGAUCAGGCUGCUUCAAAUGCAGCCACCGCACUCCAGGUUCAACAGUCUCCACGGACGCAUGAAUGAUCAUGGAUUCACGGACGAGGCAAAUUGCAACUACACCGUUCUGGCCAUGCCAUCAGAAAUGACCGAGAAGUGGUCUAGUCGUGUCGAGCUGUCCAAAUCCGGCACAACCAAAGGCAUGGUGUGCAUUCCAAAGGAUCUCGAUCAAGCAAUCAGGAUACUAUCCUCCAGACGAGGUAGCCAGUCCAAGCGGACCUAUUGGGUCAGGUCAGCUUGCGUGUACCAUGACGAUGCCUUUGAAGCUGCCCACUUUGAGGGCUCAUACUUGUUGUCAAUUUAUUCAAGAGCGACCGAUGUGUACUUCUGGAUCGGUGGUCUGAGCAGGAAGAUUGCAGUGGCGAUGGACUGGAUUGAGGCAGCAGCUGCCCAUUUCAUCAGGCAUGAUAGAAAUCGUGGUAACGACGUUCAAGAUCUCGAGCCAUGGUACGCCGAUAAGACUGUCCAUUUUGAUUUGGGGCAGGAUGAAGACACUGCGCUGGCAACAUUCCUUUCCCGCCCAGCAUUACUCGAUGGCGAGACCUGGACACUUGCAUCGGCUGCACUGAACCGGAAUGUCCCUACAUACUUUAUCAACGAACGUGGCGCGGUCAGCACAAGAUAUGCUUACAUGAUAUGCGACUACUUCAUCGAGGUGAAACCAUCUGGAAUGUCGAGGUCUCUGGCGACCGCCGUGGAAAAGAWCAAAGAGGCCAGGGAACAGGCCGGCCUGCUACUCACUCAGCUUCCUCAAACCAUACCUCAUGAGGCCAUUUAUCGCUCUGGAACUGCAAAAUGGGACAGCAAGCGGAUCGAGCAAGAGCUCCCAGCCGACUCUACUUCACCUUACGUCGAAGGCUAUGAGCAUGCUGUGCUUGAGCCAGGUCAUGGCAGAAGAAGACCGGUAUCGCAGACGACUGCCUUUAUGGAACAAGCUCGAGAAAUCUUAAAGUAA